AUACGCGAUGCUGCCGAGCAGGAUGCUGAAGCAGCGUCUCAGCGCAUGGAAGAAGAUGCAUAUGAUCGUGAAAAACAGUUCCAAAGGCAACGUCAACAGCAGCUGAAUUUGAAUGAGUUCAAAGAGCGACAACAGGCUUUACAACAACUCGAGCAAGAUAUCGGUGAUGUGAAUCAAAUAUUUGCUGAUCUGGCACGAAUAGUUCACGAUCAAGGCGAUAUGGUUGACAGCAUCGAAGCGAAUGUGGAGCAUGCUCAAAUUCACGUAGAGCAGGUUAGUAUCGUGCCAAUGUCGAGUGUCAGACGUACUCCCAAGCAAUAG